GACCUUCCACACAGGAAGAGGAGUCAAGAAGUGAGUCACAGAUUCCUCCUCCAGUGAAGGAACCGGACUCGAGGACCCCCCCCACCCCCCACACCCCCCACAGCAGCUCGCAGGAUGCCGGGCUGCGGACUCCUGUGUCAGUAUGAAACCAACAAGCUGGUCCGGAUCCAGAGCCUCCGGCUCGGCUCCCUCAAGUGGACCCUGAACGCAUCCAUUCUGCUGUUUAUCUGCUUCAUGCUGCUGUGGAACAGGAACUACCAGCAGUUUGACCUGCUGGUGAGCUCCGUCACCACCAAGGUGAAGGGCGUAGCGCGGACCCACCUGCCCGGGGUCGGGGACGUGGUCUGGGACGUGGUGGACUACAGCGGACCCUCGCAGGAGAAAAACUCGUUCUUCGUGGCGACCAACGUCAUCGUGACGAAGAACCAGAAGCAGGGGCGGUGCCCCGAGGUUCCCCUGAAGGGCGGAUUGUGUCGCAGCGAUGCGGACUGUGAGGAAGGAGGCCGGGACCAGCAGAACCACGGAAUCAAGACGGGUUCUUGUCUGAAGUUUGACGUGUUGAGGAAAACCUGCGAGGUCUCAGCGUGGUGCCCAGUGGAGACCAGGACCAGCCCCCCGAGACCCGCUUUGCUGGCGGCCGCGGAGAACUUCACGGUUCUGAUAAAGAACAACAUCCGGUUCCCCGCGUUCCGCUUCAUCCGGAGGAACAUCCUCCCAGACAUGAACGACGGCUACCUGAGGAGCUGCCGGAGGGACCAAGACCCUCUGUGUCCCAUCUUCAGACUGGGAGACGUCGUCCGAGAGGCCGGGGAGAAGUUCUCUGAAAUGGCCGUGGAGGGGGGCGUCAUCGGCAUCCUGAUCGAGUGGGACUGUAACCUGGACCGGUUCAUGCAGCGCUGCCUCCCCAGAUACUCCUUCCGACGGCUGGACGAGAAGGAGAGCAACAGGACGCUGUACCCGGGGCUCAACUUCCGAUUUGCAAAGUACAGCUCGGUGAACGCGGUGGAGCAGCGGACGCUCUACAAAGCGUUCGGGAUCCGGUUCGAUGUCCUCGUGUUCGGACAGGCAGGAAAGUUCAGCUUCAUCCAGCUGGUCGUCUACGUCGGCUCGACGCUGUCGUACUUCGCUCUGACGACCGUGAUGAUCGACUGGCUGAUUGGAACCAGUUGCUACUCGGCGGAGGUCGGACAAAUCUACUCGGAGAAGAAAGUGGAGUCUGUGGCGGACAAACAGAAGUGCAUCCUCUGCGUGUCCUACGUCGACGAGAGACGCAUCCGGCUGGUGAAAAGAUCCCAAAAGAAAAGUUUACAACUCGUCAAACCGACGUCUUUCCAGCCGCACAAGGAGGACGGUGGACACCUGAGAGCCGCCGUCUUGCUGCUCCAGCCGGGUGUCGCGGUGGAUCCCGGCGCUCCGGACCGCGAACCCGCCCCCAACCGUGAACCCGCCCCCAACCGUGAACCCGCCCCCGACCGUGAACCCGCCCCCGACCGUGAACCCGCCCCCAACCGUGAACCCGCCCCCAACCGUGAACCCGCCCCCAACCGUGAACCCGCCCCCGACCGUGAACCCGCCCCCGACCCGUGAACCCGCCCCCGCCCCGCACCACGACCCCAAGCGCCGCCGGCCGCCUGGUGUCAGUGUGGGUGCUGCGCUGCCUCCUCCCUCCCCCAGAGGAGCUGUUGCUGCCGGCUGGGCGCCGGCGCCUGCGUCUCCUCGUCGCCGCCGUUCGAGCGGCUGGUGCUGCGUCGCCCCCUGCUGGAGGCCGUCCUCUGUACCGGGACCCUCUGUCGCCGCCGCCCGCGGGCCGAGGCCCGGCCGCCGCCGCCGCCCUGCGCCGCUGCGCCUACAGUCAGUACGUCAGCUGGAGGUUCGGGGUCCCGCCGACGGCGCCCACCCUGCCAUCCCAGCUGCUGCGGUUCGAGGGUCCGGUACGAGUACCCGAGCCCGGACGGACGGUACGGCGGCUUCAGGCCCGCCAGGAUGGCGUCCAUGCAGGCCUGCGCCAACGGGGAGCUCUGAGAGACGCUGCUUUUGUGCUAAACCGGCCUCACGAAAAUAAAGCAAUUAUUAAUAAUUGUCAGCUUGUCGGAGGAAGGAGUCGAUAAAUCACUGCGUUUUCUAACAUCUGUAAUUAUGAUCUGAAAUGUCAUGUUUAACUUCAGCGACAUGCUCGGACUUGAAAGCGUUCACAUCCGUCAAAGAUGAGGAUCUUUGUCCUCCGUUGUUUUAAACGACUAAAAGGAGCAAAACCUGCAGCCUCAUCUCGAUUCCUCAAUACGCACGACAACAGAAAUGUAACACGGUUUGGAGUUAUCUCUUGUUUAAUAAAAUAAUUCUCUUUGUA